CGCUCUCCGUCCUAAAUCCGUGCCAACCGCGAGCCGCACAGAUACAGUGACGUCAGCUCCGAGACACUGAACCAAACACAUCAAGCCCACUGGCUCCGCUGCUGCGAGACGGGAAGCAUCGGUCAGGAUCGGCCAUAUUAAGCGUCACGUCUUUCAGAUCUCGCUGAAUCGUUCUCGCUUCGGAAACAAGCUCUCCGCGUGCGACUACUGCAAGCAUGUCCGCCAAUUCAAACGAGGGGCCGGGUUUGGAUGGGAAAUGGUUCGAGGAGGAGGAGGAGAAGAACGGGAUGUUUGGGAGCGCAGGGCCCCAUUUCGACGAGAUGCGGGACGAUCUGCGUGCGCCCAAGCAACAAUUCCAUCCCUUUGAAGGAACCGGCGUUGCCAUGGAAACUGCAUCUACAGGUGACUCUCUAUCUGACAUGUUUAUGAAGUCAUCUCCUGUAGAGGGUGAUCUGUACACCUCUCUCCUUUCCUCAAAGUCCUCUUCCAACCCUUUCAAUGACGGAGCCUCUCUCUUCUCCUCCGAGGGCAACCGUUCUCCACCUGCACCCACCGGAACCGACUCCGGCAUCGGCAUGACCCCAGGGGACCCCUCAGACCAUCAGACGACCCUACAGGGCUCGCACAAAAGUGACCAUUACAGCUACAUGGACAUGGGGGGUGACCUCUGUGAUUUCGGGAGCAUGGGAAAUGCUAAGAACAAGCAGCAACCUCCCAUGUCUGGAUAUGGAGAUGAGGAAGAUGAAGAAGAUGAUGAUGAGGAUGAAGAUGACAUCCAGGAUUUCAAGCCUAAGAUUGAAGAAAGGGGAAGUAAAGAAUCCAGCCAUGAUCCCUUUGAUCUGGGUCGCUAUUUGGAGAAGAGUCCGCUCGGAUCUGAAGACACGGAGGUGAAGACAAGUACGGGAUCAGCCGGUGGGCAGCACGCAUUUCCAUAUGUGGAGGAUCCUUCGGAUGAAGAAAUGGCAGAUUUUCGGUCAUAUCGCAGGAUGGAAACGCCGCAGAGUGCCAGUCCUGUGAAGAUCACAGUAACAACAGAGUCCCACAGCACUGCGAGUGAGCCAGUGAGAGUGUCUCCACAAGGUGGCAUGUCUGAGAGAGACAGCGUGCUCAGUUUUGGACAGCAGGGUCUUCCCACGGUAACACUGUCAGAACCAGAGGAUGACAGCGCAGCAUCGUCAGCUAACCACUCCCCUAACCACUCCCCUACAGGUCGAGAGUCUCCAUCUGAUGUGCUGUUCCACCCUGCAGGAAUGAAAUCUAUGAGCUCCACCCAAGAUUCAAGCAGUAUCAGCUCUCAUCCCAACCCUCCUCCAAUCCACGAUAUCAAGACCUCAGCCAAGCCCUCGUCCCCAUGGGCUCAAGACCUUCAAGGCAGUGGAGAUGAGUCUGGAGAUUCAGAAAUUGAACAAGUGGCUGAAGAAUUAGAUUCACCAUUACAUGACCUGACAUCUAAGACCCCGCCUGCAAAGGGUGGAUUCAGUCCAACAAGCAACCCGUUUGAGCCGCCCAGUUACACAUCUGCCACUGAUAAAGCUAGUAACCCAUUUGACAAGCCACAAACCAACAAGGUCAGUGCUAGUAACCCAUUUGAUCUCUCUGCGGGUUCCAAGAUGGGCUUCGGUCAGUCCAGUAACCCACCACUUUACAGUCUGCUAAGAGAGGAAAGAGAGGCAGAGCUCGAUAGCGACCUGCUAAUUGAAUCAGCUUCGGAGGAAAGUCCCAAGAGGGAGCAGGAAUAUUCUGCUCCAAAACCACCAGAACCAUCUUCCCCCCUGAUCACAGACAACAUGUCUUCAAAGCCCAUCACGACCUCUAGCGUCUCUUCCUCUCCAUUCACUGAGCCCAGAGUCGUCAGCGCUCAGAAAGAACCGGAGAAAGAAAAGGAGAAGGAAAAGGAGAAAGCAGCACCAAUUGAGAAGCCCAAGCCACAACCAGAGGACAGCUGGUCCACCAAACCCAGGCCCGCAGUAAUGGGAACGUCUACAGUGACUCCGGAGAAGCAGCCCAGUCAGGAGACGGAGAGUAAAAGCAAAAGCAGUAUUGUUAGUUCGAGCACAGAGAAAGAGGCUGAUCUGUCCUUGCUUCUCCAUGGCUUCAGCAGACAGAAAGUGGUAGAUCUAGUACACUGGCGGGAUCUGAAGCAGUCUGGACUGGUGUUUGGCAGUGUGCUGCUGCUGCUCUUCUCUUUAACCCAGUUCAGUGUGGUGAGUGUUAUAGCGUAUCUGGCUCUGGCUGUCCUCUCUGCUACCAUCAGCUUCCGAGUCUACAAAUCAGUCCUGCAGGCAGUGCAGAAAACUGAUGAGGGCCAUCCAUUCAAGUCCUAUCUGGAGGUGGAAAUCUCUCUUUCUGCUGAUCAGAUUAGUAAGUAUGUGGACAAGACUCAACUGUACAUCAAUACCACCAUGAAGGAGCUCCGCAGGCUGUUCCUGGUUCAAGAUCUGGUCGACUCCAUUAAGUUUGCAGUGUUGAUGUGGUUGUUGACCUAUGUUGGAGCUCUGUUUAAUGGCCUGACCUUGUUAAUUCUGGCUGUGAUUUCCAUGUUUAGUGUGCCAGUGGUUUACGAGAAGUACCAGACACAGAUUGAUCAAUACUUAGGACUGGUGCGCACCCAGGUUAACUCAGUAAUGGGAAAGAUUAGAGAAAAGGUUCCUGGGGCCAAAAAGAAGGAAUAAACUCUUCACUUCUGUACAAGUAAACACUAUAGCCAGUAAAAACUACAACUUUUGCCAGCACUGAAGGAACCCAACUACAUAGGUGGCCAAUACAGCACCUCAAAAAAAAAAAGUUAAAAAAAAUUUAAAAAAAGCAACAACAACAACAAAAAAAGAUUGUCAUGUUAGUACAACGGCACAGAUAAGACCCCCACCAUCCGUUGCCAGUCACAGGUGAAGUCCUGCAUAAAUAGCUAACACAGAUUCACAUAAACGACACCUUGUGGGCGAUUUGUAGAGCUAUAGAUAUAACAGAGGGACGCACACACACAGUGUUUCUCUCUUCCAUUGCUUCUGAUUUAAGUGCAUGAAGUCCAGUCUUGAGUAAAUAUUUGUUAUCUCUGCAGUGCUCUUCCUCUGCUUUAUUUUGCAGUGCAUAUUUCCUGCUGUAAAACGUGACACGAAAAAUGAAAAAUCAUGCCUGUCAUAUAAUCUCCUGCUGCCAUGUCGAUUAAUCGCUUAAUUCACCGUCACCAGUAGAGUGGCUCUGUGUACAGACAUACUUAUUAAUAUCAAGUUGAAUUGUGGAAUUUCUUUCUUUCUUUUGGUUCCUUUCUGUGUAUUCCAGCACAAUGAUAAUUUGGAGAUGUUAUUACUAAAUGUGUAACUGUAAUUUUUGCAGAAACUGUAGGGACACGUGUAGGUGUUUAAAGACAAGCUUUGUGGUCCUUCUUUAGGGCAUCUGAUGGUCAGACUGCAGAGCUCCAGCUGUACUAAAACUCUGUCCAACUUUGUACGAUGUUCAGUGUUCGGUUAUUUUAAAGUCUUUAACUAUUUGCACUCUGUAUUUAAUUGACGAAUGAGAAAAAUAAAUGUUCCUUAAUGUAAGAGG